GGAAACUAUAUAGAAACCUCGCAAUAAAACUGGUAUAAAAUAUAACUAUAAAAAAUGAAAAAGCAGUAAAAUGACUCGAACCAAGUGGUUAGGAUAAAAUAUGUUCUAGUGUAGCUCGUUUUAAAGUAAUGUCAUUCUCAAUCAUACUUGGAAUAGUAAUAUUAGGGGUUCAUGGUGACAACAACACGGUUGAAUAUGUAACCACUACUACAGUACAAAAUGAAAACGUCACGAUUACAACAGAAACGAAUACACAAAGUAUUGCAGAUAGCAAGCAAGAUAUUUCAAUACUACUUCCGAAUCGAAAUGUCAACGAUUUAGCUAAAGUUUUAGUAAAACUGCUAAAAACAGACGGUAAUGAAAAAAGAAUGGAUGAACUACAAGAAAAAUUAGAUAAAAUUGAACAAUAUGUUUUAGACAAAAUUAAGUUUGCCGAUUUACUGAGAAAUGUCACUAAGGAAUCUGAUCUGAAUUCCACAGUGUUUUACAAAAGUUUAAAACAAGAUGACAACUCUAUUUUUUUAGCAGAAAAUGACACAAAAAAUCUGUAUCUGAAAUUGAAAGAGAAUAUGAACAGAGAUGAUAUUUUAAGAAUCAUUGCCGAAAGAGGGAAUAAAAAGAAAAUAGUGAAAUACGCUAGAAGAAUGAUGCAAGAAGAUAUCGCAUAUAAUGGCAAAAAGAGUAAGGAUAUAAUCAAUGCUGUUGUGGAUAAAAUUUUGGCUGAAACGCCGAAUGAUGAGCACAAAUUUGACUACAAAACCAAUAGUAGCAAAUACUGGGAUCCUAAGAUCGAGCUGGAAGAACUCCAAGAAUACCAUGCCAACAAGCUGUCCGGCCGUCGCUUGUUCCGAGGCGUGAGGACGACAGUGAGGUACUACCCGUUCAUGGUGUCCGUCCACGUCGCCGGCAGGUUCUGGUGCGGCGGCGUCAUCUACUGGCACGACCUCAUAUUGACCUCCGCCUCUUGUUUGCAGCUGAUGCAUAACAACCGUUUCUAUCGUGAGAACCCUAAAAUCCUAUCAGUCAGGGUGGGGAGCAACCACAGCAGGAUCGGCGGUGAGGAGAUUGACGCAGUCGAGGUGUACUUCCACCCGGCCUACAAUCCGCGCACGCUUCGCAAUAACAUCGCCUUGAUACGCAUCCGGUACCACCUCUACUUCAGCUACCACAGGAUUCCCAAGAUCAUCGAGAUCUCCACAUAUCCCCACGGCAUCGCGUCCACUUCCGAGGUCAUGCUGCUGGGUUGGGGAGUCACCAAGAUGUCUCAGAAGCUAUCUUACGAGCCUAUUUACCUGCAGAGGAAAUUCCUUCCUGUGUACCCCAACAGCUUCUGCAAGGAGGUCUACGGAGACAAGUUUAUAACUUCCACAAUGUUCUGCGCGGGAACCAUGACGACCGGCGAAGGUGCUUGCGAUCACGACGCGGGCGGCCCGGCCAUCCUGGGCGGGAAGCUGGUCGGCAUCAUAUCGUUCGGACCCACUGUGUGCGGGUUCCCUAACGCCCCGACAGUCUUCACCCUCGUCGGCGCCUACUCAGACUGGAUUAAACAUGUUAAUGAGUCUAUGCCGCAGUACUACCGCGGCAAGAAGUACACCACCUCCACGACUCGCCACAUGGUGUUCAGCUACCUCGCCACCUUGCUCCACCUGCACACGUCCACCACGGAGGCCCCGCCGCCCCCGCCACUCCCGCCGCCGACCACCACCGAACCACCACCACCACCGACGCCUGAACCUAAGGAGGAAGUACGGAAAGGCCGGGAGAUCUUCGAUGAUUCUGAGGAGCUGCCCAGGCACCGGAUUCCGCCUCCCGUCUUCAAGCUCACCAAGAAUUCGAAGAAGAAGAAGAAGUUCCACAAAGAUGAAAACCAAGACUUCGAUAUUGAUGUUAGCGAUUGAAUUGUUAAUAAAAUUAAAUAAUAUAUUU